GAAUCCAGUCUAAGUGCGAAUAUCAUGUGACCAUUGUCGAAGACACCUACAGCAUUGCCAUAGAAACGCGCUGCUAGCAAGAAAGCGUCGGUGCUUGGAGGGGCGCUAGGCGAGGCAGGCCGAGGAACAGGGGACGCGUUCGACAGUAUUUUGUCUGUGGUCAUCAUGCAUGUCAAUGGGAUGACGUCGUUCCCACCACCUGUCAGCAGAGACAGGGUCAUCUGGGAAUUCCCUAAGUGCUACUCACCUGAGGCUUCACUGCAAUUAAAGAAAGACUGGAACUCUGGGACUCGAGCAGCCUGUAAAGAUAGAGCUGCCAGGCACCAGCCCUGGGACCGGCAGAAAAUGUCAAAGGUAGUGGUGGUUGGAGACGUUAACGUGGGGAAGACCUGCCUCAUCAAUAGGUUUUGUAAGGACGUAUUUGAAAGAGACUACAAGGCCACUAUAGGAGUGGAUUUUGAGAUUGAGAGGUUUCAAAUAUGUGGAGCGCCUUUCUCCCUUCAGAUCUGGGAUACUGCUGGGCAGGAAAAAUUUAAGUGCAUUGCAUCUGCAUAUUACAGAGGUGCUCAAGUUAUUAUCACAGUCUUCGACAUGGCAGACAUUAAGUCCCUAGAUCAUACACGCCAGUGGUUGGAGGAGGCCAUGAGAGAAAAUGAGCCUGGCUCUUGUUUUGUCUUCUUAGUUGGCACCAAGAAUGACCUUUUGCCCUCAGAAGAAAGACAGAGGACAGAAAAAGAUGGUGUCAGAAUAGCAGCAGAAAUGCAUGCAGAGUUUUGGGCUGUUUCAGCUAAGUCAGGGGAGAACGUGCAGAGUUUUUUUUCCCGGGUGGCGGCUUUAGCCUUUGAGCAGUGCAUACAAAAGGACACAGAUGAUGAUGUCCCUGUAAGCAUUGGACGAGGGGCUGCUAUCAAACCUGAUCGUGCCAACCUGGAGGAAGGUCCUGUACAAGACACAAAAAGAGGCUGCUGCUAAUAAAAACAUGUCACAUCUGUGGCUCACUGAUGUAUUUAAUAUUUAUAUUUAAUAUUUUUCCCACAACAGUGGAUGUUUAUGGCACAAAUGAAUGACCUACGUCAGAUCUUACUGUCAGCUGAUGCAAUUCUUUUUAGUUAAUUAAUACCUUAUCUUCAUUGUGUUUGUUAAGAAUCAAGCUAAACUAUACAGUAUCACUAGUGUUAUCUCCAUUCUAUUCUCACUGUCAGCUGCAUGAGAACCAGUGAUGAUGAAGUAGAUGAGGAUGAAGUAGAACAAAAUGUGCCUUAGGAUGUCCAUCAGGUUACUUAUUUCAGCAAACUGCCACAUGUUCUGACAUUUAUAGAACACUUGAUAAAUGCGUUAAUUCUCUUAGCUAAAACAAUAACAGGUUUUUGUAUAUACAUAACAUCCAAAGAAAUUUAGUGUUCAGUUUUUCUGUGUGGAUUUAGUAUAGAAAAGUCAAUGAUGUUUACUAUUAACUAACAUUAUACCUGUCACUAACUAAUAGUCUAAUUUCUGCAAAGUUUUAGUAUGUAUUUGACGUAACUUAUUUUUUGUCAGUAACCUAAUAUAAUUCAAUAAACACGUUUUUUAAAGAAUUUUAACAUUUGUGACUUAAUCAUUUAAAAGAUAUAGCUUACGUUAAAAAUUCACAAGCAAAAAUAGAAAUCAGCGGAGUGAGUCCUCUUGCCAUGUUAAAACACUCUCCGAACAGCCGCCAGCCAAUCACAUCACAGUGUGUCAUGGGAAAGAGGGAGUCGCAGCGGGGUGAUUCAUCAUGAAGACCAAUAAAUCAUAUAAACUUGUGCUGCACAAAAAAGGAUUUGGUGGAAGUGAUUUAUAUUUGAAUAGAUGACGAGUUGGUUGUGAACCCUAAAGUUUUCCCUCAAGUCAGUGUAGGAGAUAUAAUCGAGGUUGCACACCCCACAGAUGAAUACAGUCCUCUCCUCCUGCAAGUGAAGAGCCUCAAGGAGGACCUGCAGAAAG